CUUCAUUAUUCAAUUCAAUGUCGCCUUUCCGUAGAUUCACAGACGACGAAGAUACUUCUGUUCUUGAAUAUCCCUGCUCCCCUCUGUCUUUCUAUUUCCAGACUUUUAGGUGUCUCUCAUAAUUUCUCAAAGAAAGUGAAAGGCUCACAGUGAGAUUUAGAGAGAGAGAGAGAGAGAGAGAGAGAGAGAGAGGAGAAGAGAGAAAUGGCAGAGGAGGAAGGUGUGAGUAGUGAGGCAGUAAGUGGACCGAUUCGUCGCGUUCUCUUCAUCUCAGCUGGUGCUAGUCACUCUGUUGCUCUCCUUUCUGGUAACGUUGUCUGCUCUUGGGGGCGGGGGGAGGAUGGGCAGCUGGGCCAUGGUGAUGCUGAAGAUCGGCUUUUGCCUACCCAACUCAGUGCAUUGGAUGACCAUGAAAUAACCUCUGUUACUUGUGGAGCUGAUCAUACAACUGCAUUUUCUGAAUCGAGGAUGCAAGUGUACAGUUGGGGAUGGGGUGAUUUUGGGAGGCUGGGUCAUGGAAACUCUAGUGACUUGUUUACUCCUCAGCCAAUCAAAGCAUUACAGGGUUUACAGAUAAGGCAAAUUGCCUGUGGAGACAGCCACUGUUUGGCAGUGACCAUGGAAGGCGAGGUGCAGAGUUGGGGGCGGAAUCAAAAUGGCCAACUUGGUCUUGGCACCACUGAAGACUCUCUUGUGCCGCAGAGAAUUGAUGCAUUUCAGGGGAUCUCUGUCAAAAUGGUUGCUGCAGGUGCUGAACACACGGCUGCUGUUACAGAUGACGGUGAGCUUUAUGGUUGGGGCUGGGGCAGAUAUGGAAACUUGGGUUUAGGUGACAAAAACGAUCGCUUAGUUCCUCAAAAAGUUUCUAGUGUUGAGUUCCAGGCAGAGAAAAUGGUCAUGGUGGCAUGUGGAUGGAGGCAUACAAUAUCUGUCUCCUCUUCUGGUGGUUUAUACACUUAUGGGUGGAGUAAGUAUGGUCAACUAGGACAUGGGGAUUUUGAAGACCACCUCGUGCCUCAUAGGUUGGAGGCAUUGGGUGAACAUUUUAUUUCCCAGAUAUCGGGUGGUUGGAGGCAUACCAUGGCACUAACAUCUAAUGGAAAACUUUACGGUUGGGGUUGGAAUAAGUUUGGACAGGUUGGUGUUGGUGACAAUGUGGACCAUUGCUCUCCUCUACAAGUUAGAUUUCCACAUGAGCAGAAAGUAGUUCAUAUCUCAUGUGGAUGGAGGCACACACUUGCUUUUACCGAAAGACACAAUGUGUUUUCUUGGGGAAGAGGUACAAAUGGACAGCUUGGGCAUGGGGAGUCUAUUGACCGAUAAUUAAACCAGUUUAUUAGAAACAAGAAAGGAGGAGAUCCUCGAGAGAUACAAAACACCAAGGCAUGAGCCUAAACAAGAGAAAUGCCAAGUCUGGCAAACCUAAAGCCUAUCCAGAGAGAUGCCAAUACUGCCAAGAGGAAAGCAACAAACUUUUAAACUGAAAGAGGAAUGUGCCAAUUCUAGCAGAGCAAAGAAGAUAAGGAUAUGAACUUGACAUUACUGCUUUGGGAAACCUUAAUCCUUAUUUCAAAUUUGAUCUGACUAUAACAGCAGAGGGAGCUAAAGAAUACCCAUAAAAGUCCUACUGUUCCUUUCAUGUCAUAAGAAAUGAACUACAGCAGCAAAGGCAAGUCUUCGUAGGAGGCUAGGAAACCCUUUCCCUUUGAAAUUAGAGCAGAGCCAGUCUAUUUCCUGGGACCAAAGGAUAGGACUCCUUGAUGAUCAAAAAAAGAAAGGAUAGGACCCCUUAGAAUCCAGAAUAGAGUAGCAAUAGCAGCCCACACUUGUUUUGAAAAGGAACCCCAGUCAAUUUUCUGGAACCAAAGGACAAGACCACUUAGAAUCCAGCAUUGAGUAUAGCAGCUCACACUUGUUUUGAAAGGGAACACUCAAAACAUUUAUUUUAGGUUAAUGGUAUAUCAGAACAAUUUUGCAGCUGUUGCUGGUAACAAUGGGUAGUAUGAACGAGAGAAAACUUGAAUUACCCAUGAAUUUCAGUUCCCAAGUUUGUUGCAUGACCAAAGUCAGAUCGACCUUAGUUCACUUGACUACGCGAAAGCAGCCCAUUGUUCUGCUCAUAAGGAUAUACCUCUUUCUAUGUUAUGCUAGAACUCGGAUGUAGAAAAUAUGCCUAUAAAUGCACUCUGGCCAUGGCCUUCGUUAGGGAGAGAAAUUAAUGCGGGUCAGGAGGACGAAGAGGGGAUAAUAAGUGCAUGAUAGUAUUUUUGCAGUGAAUAUUUAACAGAGUCAGGUGUGUGGUUUAGUCCAAAACCAUAGGAGGCUGAGUUCAUUAUACAAGAAUGUCAAGGAGGUAAAGUGGUUCAACCAAAACCCGCAACCACCGGAAAGUAGAAAGGAUUUUACCUGACUAGUGAUGGAAAAGAAACGAUAAAUAUGUAGAAGGGGAAACAAGAAAGCUAGGAGCAAUCCAACCUUUGCAACGAAGGAAACUUACAAAUAUUGUCAAGAUCUAGUUGCAAAAUCAGCCUCUUCCCUUUGGAUCGCAUUCAUGAAACUCUCGGUUUCAAGGUUCUGAAUACCGUUUCGGACAUGGUACCGGAUUUGUCACUGGAACGGUACAUCCCGGUACCGGUAUGGUACCAGGUACCAUUUCGGAUUUGUCGUUAAAAUAUAAAAAAAUAUAUACAUUUAGUUAUACAUAAAGUCCUACUAUUAGACUAUUACAAUUUUCUAAAAACAAGUUUAGCAUUUAUUUUUAAUAAUCAAUAGCUUUCCAAACAGUGGGCUCAAAACCAAAACCACUGGUUUUCCAAUCCACUGGUUUUCAAACACUUUCUUCUCUCUUUUCUCCUCUGUAAAAGUUCCCAUUCCAAAUUCCCAAUGCAACUAUUCCACAUUUUUUUCCAUUCCACUUUCAAAGGGGUGAUGUUUAUCUCCCCAAAACUGAGAAAAACGUAUAGGAACAACAGAGGACUGCUGGAGAAGACUACCCACGGCGGUGUGGAAACUGGAAACUUCACCAGUUCACCCACAGUUAAGAUAAAUCAAUCAGCUGCAAGAUUAUGCCAGACAGCCGGAGAAGACCAAGAGGAGUCAACAUCAAAUGUUGCUCCAAUCAUCGUCUUUUUCUCUCUUUCCCCUCCAUUUCUCUAUUUUCUUCUUUUUCUCAGUUUUGCAAAAUCUCGGACGAAAUUUCUGGUAACGUGAUCUUGGCCGGUAUUUCCGGUAUUUUCCGGUAAAGCCCGGUAUUGAAGCCGGGACGGUAUUAGAGGGUUGUAGUACCGCUUUCUAUCACGCCCCAAAAUGAGAAGUGACCGGCCAUGUACCACAAGGCCAACUUAUGGAACACGUAGCCUAGAAUAAAAUAAGUUGUCCAACAAUAAUGGUUUUUUUUUUUAUUAAAUAAAUCCAAAGCCAAAUAAAUCCCAAUCAUAAACAUGGAGCAAAACCAUCCCUUGAACCAGCCAAUAAAAAUUUACCACCAACAAUAUAGUAAUCCCAUUUUACUUAAAAGCUAUACAAAGUGCGGAAGCAAUGAUUAAAAUCUUUAUACUAAAUGCAACAUCCUAUGGAGGUCAAUAAAAAGAAAUCCCCAAGAUGCCGCCAGAGUCCUUGCCUAAAUCCCCAACUUGCCUGGAAAAGAAGUUGGAUAUAAAUCCGUCAGCUGACGAGCUCAGUGAAUAGCAAGUAUGUAUAUUAAAUAAAGUUGAAAGUGGGGAUGAAAAUAAUUUACCAUUAAACAUAAUUUGGCAUACGAGGUGUCCAGCAGAAUAAUAAAUUAAUCAAUAAAGUCUUUAACCAAUGAACAUUCUUAGUGGUGAUCACAACAAUAACUCCAUCAACAAUGGGGAACCACAAUCAAACAGUACCAUGGUCAAAAUAAAUCUCAUAAAAAUUGGAUCCAAUAUCGAACUUAGAGUCACCAGGGUUGGUAGCCCGUGGUACUUUUCCCUAAGAUGAUCCGGCGAAAGAAAGUCGUUGAGCAUUAGAGUCACCGGCCUAACACGGUCUUUUCCCCAAUGGCUAGGGUCACCAACACGAGAAUGAAUAAUUUCCCUGGACUUUCGAAAUAAAUGUUCCCAUUAAUGUCCACCAAGUUCUCACCAAAAAGAAUAUUAACAAUUGAUCUCAGAAAAUUUAUCGCAUGCCAAUUUACAGAACAACUUAUAAACAGUUUUGAGUCUCCGAAUAACAUUCAUAUAAAUUUCUGAAGGAAAUACUUUUAAUAGACACAGGGAUCUUUCGAAGAUACGUAACAUGCUUAACUACUCACCUAGGCCAAAAAGCUAAAGCAAUCGAACAACGCAAAACGAGCCUAACCUGAACACAGAAUCAUAUAGAAAUAUAAUUAUCACUAACUGGGUCUACAUAUCAAUAGCAAUGAAAGACCACCUAAGAGAUUAUUUAACUAACCUAGAUUAAUUACCCAAGUCACUAGACAACUAAGAACCCAAACCCUAAUUUACUAUACCCACAGCAGCCACCAAAAUCCAUCCACGGAAACUCCAAGGAUUUCUUUGUUUUCCUAGAACAAUACCAUGACACCACCUGUUACCCCUUUAAAAUACUUACCUUUGUUCACCAUUAAAUCAUGUAUAAAGAACAUGUACUCAUAUCAGUCAAAAACCAAUAUUUAUUCCGAAAUCAAUAUUGCAAUUGGUAUCAAAAUUAUUAAACUAAGAACUCUCCCGAAUAAUUAGAACUUCUUCAAAAUCCCUACUCACAACACUAGAUCACCACGCGCCACCACAAAGCCACGUAGAGUACUCUCCAACCCAAGUCUUCCGUAACUGUGCCGACGAACGGAAAAGAAAGAAACAAAUUAAGAAUUUAGCAAUUACCUCUGGAGAUCUCCUUAGAUUCGACUGUGCGGCUCUUUCUUUUCUUUUCUUUUUCCUCAGAACGUUAACACUAAUGUAGAACCCUACUCAGCGUAUAACAUAUAGCUUUAAGUAUUACUCUUAAAACCACCCACUCCUCAUGCUGCACCCUAAAUUAUAGCUAACUAAUUAAUUAGAGUUUAAGUAAGUAACUAGCAAAAAUAUAUCUACUAAUAAUCAGAUCCAACCUAAUAAAAACUAACAGAAUUACCAUCUAGUACCACUGUUUUACCCAAAAUCAAUCUCAUACUCUAAAGAUUACAAUAAUGACAAGAAUACCCAUAGCGCUCGCAAAAUAAUUAUUUGGGACCUAACCGUAACAUACAUAUAAUAAAUGGCUAUGUCGUUAAUUAAAUAAAUAAAAAUGCUAGGCCGUAGCACUUUCCUCUCAAACUAGUACGUACCAGCUGGUACGAAACGGUAUUAACACCCUUGCUCGGUUUUAUCUAUGCUUUCAAUCCUUGUCUCAAAAGCCAUUUGUUUUUUGCAUGCUAAGCCACUAGUUCAUUCGUUGCAUGGACACGUCUAUUGGCCUCACAUAUCCAUGUGUGACAUGUGACACUUGACAAUUCUUCGUUUCAGAUGUAAUUUAGUUAUUUGUUUGACAAUUUAUCUAAUGGGACCCAUUGUAUGCAUGAAAAAUCAGUUCUUGCCACUGGAAAAACAAAACACUAUAUGUGCAGAGGAAAAUCGAAGUAAAAUCAAUAAUGAGAGAGAGAGAGAGAGAGAGAGAGAGAGAGAGAUCUAUUGUUACUGAUUUUACUUCGAUUUUCCUUUGCAUAUACAGUGUACACAUGAAUAAUCAGUUCUUGCCACUGGAAAACAAAUGAAACACUAUAUACGCAGAGGAAAAUCAAAAUAAAAUCAGUAACAACAGAGAGAGAGAAACUCUCUCUCAGGUAACACGCAAGUGCUCUCUCUCUCUCUCUCUCUCUCUCUCUCUCUCGUGCUACUAAUUUUACGUUGAUUCUCCCUGCAUAUAUUGUGUACUCAUGAAUAAUCAGUUCUUGCCACUGGAAAAACAAAUGAAACACUAUAUGCAGAGGAAAAUUGAAGUAAAAUCAGUAACGAGAGAGAGAGCACUUACAUGUUACCUUUCUUUUUCAUUCCAGUUUAUAAAGUAGGUAUCCUUGCUUUCAAAUGCAUGCUCUAAAAGUAUUCUAAUAUGGUAUCGUGUCGUUAAUGUUUAAACCUUUGGUACUUACGCCUACCGGUGAACCUGUAUUGUGUUGACUGCCACCUCAGAGAAGUCUGAGACUCUGAUGGUAUGUGGGCUGUUGCUUAAGGUCUUGGAAACCUUAGUACUUUCUUUUUCACAAAUAACUGGUUUUCAUUUCCUGAGCUGAAGUCUUUUAUGCUCUUUAUUAGUAGCACUGCCAAUACAGUUUCCAGUGCAUGCUAUUCUUAUUUGUAAUGGGGGUUAAGGGAGAUGAAUGCGGAUAGGUGGUUGUUUUUGUCUCCUACUUUACCUACUUUACACUUUAUUGAACACAGUGCUUUCUCAAUGAUGGUUGAUCCCUGUGUAAAUCUUGAACUUACAUAUUUCUUUUGAAAUUCUGAAGAAAUGUUCCCACGAUCAUAGAAUCUCUCAGCGUAGAUGGAUCUAGCGGGCAACUUAUAGAAUCCUCAAAAAUUGAUUCGACAUCAGG